AAAAAAUUGUUCUUCAAAAUUGCUGUUCAAAAUUUGGCCUCCCGCAAAACACUCUUAAAACCUUGGUGGAAGAAGUUACCUAAUGAAAAGAUCAGUGUAAAGUUGAAUUCCUUGAGACAAUCACAAUUACAGUGUAAAAUUAAAAAAGUUUUACAUCAAAAUUUGUCAUCAAAAUUGCUGCUCAAAAUUUGGCGUUAAAGAAAACACUCUUCGAAGAAAGAUCAGUGCAAACAGGUCAACUUAAUUGAGUUUUCAAAGUAUGUAAAAGAACAUACAUAUAUGAAGUAAUCUAUUUAUUGAUGUCAGCUUAAACAUAUACUUUUACGUUUUGAAGACUGCCAAAUCGAUUUUUUCCAAAAUAUUACUAGAUUUACUUAGUGAAUAACUGUAAAUUACGAUAUUUUUUCUAGUCUCUAGUAUUCCGUCUAGCUAAUCGAUAUAUUAUAUUGAUUGAAACCUACAAGAAUAUAGAGUUUAGGCAUUGUAGAAGUUCCCUGUUUAUUAUCAAAAAUUAGUACACUGGCGCUGUGAGAAAUCUUAUUGAAGAUCUUAUUGAAAUUUCAGCAAACCAUUUACUUAGGCUAUUGAUUGCAAAAUGGGUUUCCAUUUAAACAUUAAAACGGAUUUUACAAAAGCCUUAUUUGUCGAUAUUGUGCAUGAAAACAAUAGCUGUGAAUUAAGUGUGCGAUUUCUCCCAAACGAGACGCAACUCACUGCUUCUGCCACUGAAAUUGGAGAUAAGGUAGCUGUGAGUAAUGAAGAAAAAGGAUCUGUGUGUUUUCAUGCAACAAAAUCGACAAAUACAGUUUUUGAGGUUAAGGAUACUCAACCCACGCAUAAUAAGGUCUCAUAUAACGAUAUAAACUUUCAAAGGGAAAAAGGGAUACAAUCUUUGUAUGUGCGCGCCUCUAAAUCAGCGAAUGUUAUAUAUGAGAUGGACGAUUUAGUGUGCACAAAAGAUACUAUGCGCUCGAAUUAUAUUUUAUUUAAUAGCAAGGAGUUUCAAUCGAAUAACCGAAAGCAAUCUCUGAAUAUGUGUAGAUCCAAGUCCGAUAGUGAAAUAUUUAAUAUGAAAGAUCGGGAAGAUCAUGAAAAAGGAAGUAAACAAUCCUUACGUUUACGUGUUAGCAAGUCAGAAAGCACAAUGUUUAAUAAGAAAAACUCUAAGAACACAAAAUAUUCUGAGCGCAUCGACGAUAAUACCUUACAGUCGUGUGAUGACAGACCCGGUUUAUCGAAAAUACGGAAACGAUCUUUAUAUCUGUGCAUGUCAAAAUCAACCAGCGCAAUAAGUGAUAUGAUCGAUUCUAAGUACAUAUCACUUGAGCAUAAGAAUAAAAUGAACGCACAUGAUGGUCUAGACUUUGAAAUGAAAAAAUGGCAGCGAUCUUUGUAUUUAAAUAAAUCAAAAUCGUCAAAUGCUUUAUUUGGAAUAAAGGAUUUUGAGUACAGAAAUGAAAAGGCCUUUUGUGGUAGUAUUACUUGUCAAUCCAAGGCAGAAAAAUUAUUCCGUUUAGAUGAUAGCAAGUCACGCAAUAUAAUAGCGGAAGCGAAGGAUCCUAAGCAUUUAGAUAAUACUUUGUUUGCUGAUACAUUUAGUAAAGCAAAUAAAUUGCUGUACCUUCGUUCUACUAAGUCCAUUGAUUCAAGAAUUAAUAUUAAAGGUUUUGAACAGGUAAUUAAAAGCGCUUUGUGCUAUAAUUUAUAUAAACAAACGGAGCAAGAGGAAAAAAGAUUGCAUUAUUUAAAUAUUAGAAAAAUUAUCAAUAAUAGUCAUGAGCCAAAAAAUCGUAAAUGUGCUGAUAAUGAAUAUGAAGCAGAAGAAAAAGAAUCUUUGUAUACUAAUGCUAAUAUGGCAACUAGUACCGCCUUUGAAAAUAAAGAUUUUGAAUGCUUUAAUAAUACAGAUUCUGAAACAGAAGGAGGUAGAAACAAAUAUUUGGCCCCCACUUCUAAUGAAGUUUUUGAAUGCUUGAAUAAUAAUCAUGAAUCAAAAAAUCUUGAGUGCUUAAUCAACAAUAAUGAUAAUGAAUAUAAAGUAGAAGAAAAAGAAUCUUUGUGUCCCAAUGCUAAUGUGGCAACUAGUACCGCCUUUGAAAAUAAAGAUUUUGAAUGCUUUAAUAAUACAGAUUCUAAAGCAGAAGGAGGUAGAACAAAAUAUUUGGCCCCCACUUCUAAUGAAGAUUCUGAAUGCUUGAAUAAUAAACAAUGUCGAAUAGAAGAACAGGAAAAAGCAUCUUUAUCUUCCAAUGCUAAUCACGUUACCAGUACCGCAAUUAAGAAUGAGGAUUCGGGCUGCGUCAAUAUUACAAAGCAUCAAGCAAAAAACUUCAAAAAGUCACAUGACGUAAGUCAUUUAAUUAGGAUCGAUACUUUGAUGUCAGUUUUAAGUAUUCCUGAUAACAUAGUAGUUGGUCAGAAAAAUAUCAAUAAUGAGAAGAACACCGAACAUUUGGAUAAAAGUCAAUCAUUAAAGGUUUCACCUGAUGUUUCAAUCGAAACACUAAAUAGCACUAAAAAUUAUUGAUAAAAUAUCUAGUAUUUGAACACCUAAUUGAAGCUGUACGUAUUAAUUUUUAUUUUGUCUCAAAGAAAACUGAAGGUGACAAUAAUAUAAAAAGGGGUUUAAUGAAGAGUGUCAAAAAAUAUAUAGCUACAUAAGUUUCGGAUUAUUUACUU